AUGGGUUAUUGGAUGCAUUCCUAUAAGAUAAAAGGUAAGAAUUUUUGGGAUAUUCCUAUUCAUGGUAACAUGAGUUGGGGGUGGAGAAAACUGCUUUCGGUUAGAGCUUUGGUUCGUCCAUUCAUUUGGUAUGCUAUUCGUGAUGGUAAGCUUGCUAACGCUUGGAAUGAUAAUUGGUGUGAGAGCAGUCCUUUACGACAAUUUAUUACUCCUAGGCGUAUUCACAAUGCGGGUUUUAACAUGCAAACAACAGUCUCUGGUCUUGUUGAUGGCCAGAACGGUUGGAGAUGGCCGGUUGCUUGGCACGAUCUCUACCCGGUCUUGAACGAUUUAGACCUUCCAAUUCUUGUUCCAGAUAGUUCGGAUUGGUUGAUUUGGAAGGAUAGAAAUGGUACCCCAAUGUCGUUUAGCUCCGGGGAGGUUUGGGAUAAUAUUCGAAGUAGGGCCGAUGUGGUUCACUGGGUUGACUUUGUGUGGUUUAGUCAAUGUAUACCACGACACUCUUUCCACAUGUGGUUGGUGAUCAAGAAUAAACUCAAAACGCAAGAUAGAAUGAGUAUCUGGGAUGCGGGUAGCGAAACCAAUCUUAAUCUUAUGUGUUGUCCCUUAUGCAGAUAUGAUAAAGAUUCGCGUGAUCAUCUUUUUUUCCGUUGUUCAUUUUCUUCGCAUGUAUGGAACAUGGUUAAAGACUUGGCUUAUAUGGCGAAUGUGGAUUCAAGCUGGUCGUCUGUUAUGGCAUGGUCUCAGAUGCAUGCAAGCUCGAAGAGUGCUGAAGCUAUUGUUGGUAAGUUGGUGGUGGCAGCUUCUCCAUAUUUUAUAUGGCAAGAGAGGAACAGUAGACUAUUUACUCCAAAUAACCGGACCGCGCCCAUGAUUGCUAAUAUUGUAUUACAAACGGUGAGUGUGACAACUCGUAUCUAG